UUGAUCUUUAACGCAAUUCCGGAUAGACAGUAUUUAUAGUACGGAACCAUUAUCUGCGGCAAAAUCGACUAUCGGUCAGCCCACGAUAUCUCGCAAUAAUUUUUGGAAUCUGUAUAUUAAAUGCCGUGUUAGCACCAUAGUAGCGUACGUAAUCGGGCGGGAAGAAGGUAGUUUUUUGUGUCUAUCGCCGCAGUGCCCCUAAAAAUACUGCUAAUCUAUUGGGAUUGAUGUUGAUUGGUGGAGGUUGUCGCUAUAGCAAAGUAGUUGUUGUGGUUUCACGUCUACGUCGUGCCCCACAUAAUCACUUUGAAUGGAAAGUUGUGUUUAAGGCAUUAAUUCUUCAGGCUACUUACAGAUCUAUCGUCCGGGUCAACAGAACGACAAUAUCGUUCUUUGGUAACAUCAUAUUACAGAAGUUGGAUACGGCAAAACUUAACUCAUGACAGUAGCUGUAGAAGUGCUUCCGGAUUGAGACCUAGAAAGAGGCAAAAUUAUUAUGUCUGCUCAGGGCAAAACAAGGCGCGGAACAUCUGUUGUUCUCAUUGUGUGUUGAAAUAAAAAAAAAAAAACAACAAGAGCUACGUGUUGUGAAAUGUAAACAGAAUACAGUUACCUCUAGAGUGUCCAUAGUGUUCAGGUUUGCUUGGUACAGGUCGGUUGUCGUACAGAGAUUUCGCGCCCCCCGGCGUUACCCCUAACACGGCCACAUGAUAGCAGUUGUGGAUUAAUAAUACGAAACAAACUGCUACACCAAUGACAAGGGAUCGCCUAUCGGUGGUGUUGUUGUGUAAUCAUUAAGUGUGUUAUGCUUAUCGUUAGUUUCAUUGUUGUUGUUGUUGUUGUUAUGUUGUGGCAUAGCAAGGGAUCAUACAGCACGGAUUGCCAUAGCUGCAUCUGCCGCUAACCCCUACCCCUCACCGUGAACAGAAAAGGAGACGAAAAAUAGCUAAAACAGCGAAACAGUGCAUUUAGGAUACUAGCGCAAAACUAAACGCACCCUGACCACCAGCUAUAACAGAGAUCAGUCGCGUCUCUCUACCCCUUUUGAAUCGCUAACGCGUUACCCAACGAUGUACCUAUGUCGAGUACAUCGAUAAUCGUUGGCGAUUUACUGAGGGCAGCCCCCAGGUUGCAACUGCAGUGGUCGAGACACCCCGCGACCGGAUUGUUGCGUCACAGCGGCAACGCCACAAGGGGAACUCCAGUAGCGGCUGUAGACAUUGGUUGUCGACGGACGACAAGGUAAUAAGUAAGUAACUGUCCAGUCGAACAAAAUCUCGGAUCAACGAGUUAAGGCUCGACGAUUACGGAAAGUGAAGAACACGACCCCUGAGAAGAUGAUGGCGUUCGACCCAGUUCUGCUGAAGAUCUGGCUAUUGGUGACUUUAUUGACAAUGGUGCACGCCCACUUCGGUCAGCGACAUCCGGGCCGACGAUAUUUCUCAGACCCAGGUAGAUCGAGCCUACCAGAGGGAGCAGUCAUAUCUUUAGAGCGGUCAAAGAACACCUUAAACGCAGAUACCACGUCGGCCUCCAUCCCAGCCGUUGCAGCGGCAUCGGUCACAACAGUUAACCCAGACCUCGCCGCACAUAAUCCUCACGCAUCUCCUCCAAGCAUCGACCGAAGACUCACCCCCGCCAAUGCUACGGGCCAGCUAGGUUCUACCGUUUAUCUACAUUGUUACGUGCAUAAUAUUGGACAGAAAACGGUAACAUGGCUUCGGCGUUCGGACUACCAUAUAUUGACGGUCGGUAUGGUUACCUACACAAGUGACGAACGCUUCUCCGCGGUGCGUCGAGAUCGACCAGUCUCCCAUUCACAACAGCAGCAACGCCGGUUGUCAGAGCAGCAGCACAAGCCUGCCUCAUCUCCUGCCAGGACACACAUGCUGAACUCAGUGACGCCAAAAUUGUCGCGCAAUGAGUCUGGCAGCGCUGAUGUUGGCCCCAAGCCAGCGUUUUCGCAAUCCGUUCCGGCGUCCGAAGACUGGAUGUUGCAAAUCCGCGGCCUCCAGGAAGCCGACGCUGGCGAGUACGAAUGCCAAGUUAACACGCAGCACCCUAUGCUCAGCGCCUAUGUAACGCUCAAUGUUUUAUCACCGCAUGCCUCGAUAGCUGAAGGCAACGAGCUGUCCGUGGUCAGCGGAAGCAUAGUCAGUCUGACGUGUGUCAUCCAAGAUUGUCCCUAUCCGCCGUCGCAUGUAUUCUGGUAUCAUGGCAAACGUGUCAUCAACUAUGAUAGACACUCCCGCAUCAAUAUCACGAGUUUAUUAGACGUAUCACCACAGCAGUUGUUGACGCCGACGCAACGUGACGAAUCAAGCGAUAUCAGUCGAGUUGUGUCAAGGCUGAUAAUUUCCGAUGUGACAGAGCAGCAUUCUGGCAGGUAUACGUGUGCCCCGGUUCACGCGACGCCGGCAACCGUCCACGUGCAUGUUCUUCAUGCUGAAGAGCAAAUGUCUCGACAGUCUUCCUCUGGUGCAUCGAGAAUAUCGACGUGGAAUACCUUCCUAACACUUCAAACUCUCGGACCCGUGCUUGCUUUCCAAAUGGCCUUUUUACUUGUUAUCGUUCGGACUACGUGACAACACCUUAACCUUAAAUGGGUGUCCUUCCAUUCGUUUUACAAUGUUGGUUUUCAGAUACCUUCUACAAAGGAUGAGGCUUCAUCUUCAUGCACAAAAGAAGCCCAAAGUGGUUGCGUGCCGUGCGUUGUCUUAGAUGUUCCACCCCUAUGUGGAGACAUUCAUCAGAGUCCACUGGAUAGGAUGCAGCGGGAAGAGUCCAGCUAUCGUCAAUUCAACCCAACAGGGUUCGAGGUCGAUUCGCUGCCAUUGAGAGAUAUGUCCCCGACGAGCGUCGUAGGAUCAAUUCUAUACGAUCAGCAGAGCUUACACGGAUCGACGAAGCUACGAAGGACUCUCCCUAGAACCCACAUGACAGCUUCUAUGAGCACCCCCGCUGCUUCCGCCAUGCCUAUGGACUCCCUAGUGGCUACCAGCCAUAUUCCUCUGUACGAGCGAGUAUUGAAUCCUUCUGCCCUCGCAGGCACUGGCCACCUCUCGCAACACCAGCAUAGCGUACAGAUACAGUCAGAGUCCGAUUUUCUUUGAAUUGUGCUGUGACAAUGUGGGGAGAAUAAACUCUGGGAAGAAAUAUGGGGAGAAAGAACUCUAUAAUGAAAAAAAAUAAAAGAUGAAGGUGUGAUCAAAAUUAGGACAGCACUCGAACAACAACACCAACUAUCCGUCUAAAUAGGGCAGCAAUAAUAAGGCACAGGUAUGAGGAGCACAAUUUGGGAUUUAUAUUUUUCGGGCGAGUCCACCACUGCUAGAGGUUUUUCACAGGACUCCGGCUUCAAGGUGUCUUCACCACCCAUGUACGAUGACCACAUGUAUC